AUGACAGAAACGUUGCCCUUUGUUCAGGUUUGGUUCCUCUGUUUUCCAGGAGGUCGUCUUCCGCCGGUGCUCAGGGAGGUCCAGCUGGAUUUGGUGGAUCCGGCUAAAUGUAAAUUUGUCCUCCAGACUGUGAAAAGUUCAGCUCUGAACCAGAAACUAGUCCGAUCCCAACCGGCCAUGACUGUCCUGUGUGCCGGACCAGAGCGAGGAGGAAAAGAUGCCUGUCAGGGGGACUCUGGAGGUCCUCUGGUCUGUCCUGCCGGGACUGGAUCUGGUCGCUGGGUGGUUCUGGGCGUCACCUCCUGGGGUAAAGGCUGUGGACGGAGCUGGGGGGACAACAGUAGCCGUCCCCCCUCCAGGAGAGGAUCUCCAGGGGUUUUCACCGAUGUCCAGCUGCUGCUGCCCUGGAUCAAGAUGAAGCUGAGGAACGGGCUGUGCAGUGUGAUUGACGGCUCUGUGUCUGAGAGGGAGGGGUUGAUCAGAAACCCCGCCCACCCAGCCGGUUGCUACGACAACAACCAGUUGUGUUUGUGGCGUCUCAGCGUACCUCCAGGUUUCAGUAUUCUGCUGGAGUUCGAUCGUUUCGACCUGGAGAACGAUUCUUAUUGUCAGUUUGAUCGACUCACCGUGUCGACAGCAACCAGCAGACCUGUAGGUGUUUUCUGCGGCAGAGUCACACCUGGUCCGCUGCUGCUCUACAACUCCCAGAAUGCAACGCUGCUCUUCUCCUCUGACAUCAGCGGAUCAGGAAGUGGUUUUAUAGUGAAGCACCGAGCCGUCAGAGGACACACUGGACCUGGUUGUGGGUCGGUGGUUCUGGUGGAGGAUCAGGUCACCGUUCAAACCCCAGAUUACCCACAAUCCUACAGUGACGGCUGCGCCCUCCGCUGGGUGGUGUACGCUCCUCAGGGCCACGUUGUCAAACUGGACUUUACAGACUUUGACUUGGAGGAAUCAGACAGAUGUUUAUAUGAUUCCCUCGCUGUGUUUGGAGACGUUGCAGGAACGGAGGAGAUCGCCGUGUUGUGCGGCAGCAGCGUCCCUCCUCCCGUCCUGUCCUACAGCAGCAUCCUGGUCCUUCAGUUCAGCUCCGACAGCAGCGUCACGCAGCGAGGCUUCAGAGCAGCGCUGACCUUCAUCAGUCAUACAGAUCUACAUGAUCCGGACAGAACAGAUGUGGACGAACAUCCAGAUGUUUUCACAGUUAACCAGCAACACACAGCGUCUUACGAAAAACUGAAUCCAUCAACAGGUUGAAACUGAUGACAAUAGAACCAACAGAGUUCUUCAUCUUCACAACCAGAACCUCUGAGACUCGAUGCUCUGCUGAGGUUUAUUCCCUCCACUGUUCCUCUUCUUUCAUAGGCUCCGCCCACUCAGGUGACCCUGGAGGCUCCGCCCACUCAGGUGUGAGUCAGGAGGAGACAGGUGGGAUCAGCAACAACAUGUACCUUCAAAUAGCAGCAACUAUCUGUGAAAUAAUAAGGUUUUUUCUGGUUUAUACAG